AUGGAACACAGUUUGGCCCGCAAACGGAUGGGCAUUCUUGAAUUGAUCAUCGAUUUACCUCCAGGACAUCAGUUAACUGUUUUCUACAAGUUCAGACGAAUUUUGCAACACUGGGACGAGUAUCCACCCGAUGCUAACCACGGAUAUUUCCUCCCUGCGGCAACAGUAUCCUAUCAAAUCCCACAUGAACGGCUUUUUGCCGUAGAAGCCAGAAGACUACCAGCAGAUCGUGAAUUGGCCUUACCCAACUGGGCCCAUACUUACGGUCAAUACUUGUAA